AAACAAAUAAAGCAAAACACAAAACUAAACCUGAUUGGCUACGCCUACGCCCACCUUAUAUUCAAGUUUCGCGGCAACGCCUCUCUCUUGCUAAAAGAAAAUUCACAUUCUCUAUCUUCAUAACUUUUGAUUUUGUUUUUCGUUUUUCUAAAAAUUUGUGUGUUUUAAUUUCUCUAAAAUUCUCCCUCUCUGUUUGUUUGAAUCAUUUCUAUUUUCGUACAUAAAUCGCGUGAGGUUCAAACGGGGCGGUAUGUCUUGAGUCUCUUGAUUUAAAAUUAGGUUUUAAACUAUGGACAAUGAUUGUAAGUUUAAUAUUUUUGGUUGUGUUUUUUGAAAUUUUUGAGAAAAUUUUAAAAAAUUGGGUUCUGGAAAGUGUUGAUUGAAAGGGAUGAUUUUGUAAAGUUCGGUAGUUGGGUCUUUCUUACUGAAUUUGAAUUUGGGGGUGUAUUUGAAUUACGUGAAAUUUGAAUUUUCACUGUGUUUUCUUAGUAAUAAGGGUUUUGUUGAUCUGUUUCUGUGUUUUGAACUGCUGUUGUAUUUGGGUUUUUAGUGAAUUGUGGAUUUUGGGUUUGUUUUUGAAUUGUCUGACUUGGUUCAAGAUUUUUUCUUUGUUGUUUCUAGAAUUUUUUUGAAUAUUUCAUGUUUUCUUCACAACAGGUUUGAAUUCAUGAUGAAAAAGCUUUGAAAUUUCGCUGUUUCCCGAAAGUGUUAUUUUACCGAUUUGUUAGUUAAUUUGAAAUUUUGGAUUUUUAAUGUGUCUGAUUCAAUUCAAAAUUUUGUUUUAUGAAAGCAUUACCGGCUGUUUUUUUUUUUAACUUUUUCAACACAGUUAUUAAAUCUAAGUUUUCAGUUUGGGUUCUGUUGUUGUGAAUUCAUUUAUUUUUUAUUUGCAAUGCUGCGCGAUUUGUGACGGGUGCUAAGUUAUAAUGUGCGUUGUUCGCAUAGAUUUUUUCUCUUACAAAAUUUUUCUUUUGUAAGUGCUGUACCUUUCGGUUGGAGUCUUUGUACUUCUGGUAUUUCUGGUUCAUGUUCAAUUGCUGAUGAAUACAUCAAAAAAGUGAAAUUUCUAGAGAAGUUAAUUGAUGGCCCCAACGAGAAAAUCUAGAAGUGUGAAUAAGCGAUACGCAAAUGAUGCAUCUCCCAUUAAAGAUGUAAGCAGUUCAAGCAGAAGUAAGCAAAAGAAGAAAUUAUCCAAUAAAUUAGGACCUCAAUGGAGCAAAGGGGAGCUUCAGCGUUUUUAUGAAGCCUAUCGAAUUUAUGGGAAAGACUGGAAAAAGUUAGCUGCUCAAAUUCGUGACAGAUCUGUUGAAAUGGUGGAGGCCCUCUACAAUAUGAAUCAGGCAUACUUGUCCCUGCCAGAGGGAACAGCAUCUGUGGUUGGUCUUAUUGCAAUGAUGACAGAUCACUAUAAUGUCCUGGAAGGGAGUGAUAGUGAACGAGAGAGCAAUGAUACUUCUAGCAUACAACAAAAAUCUCAUAAACGCAAGUGGCGGAAACAUCAGCUAAGUGCCUCAAAAGAAGAUGAUUUAAUGUUCAAGUCAAUGGCUGCAACUGAUGGAUGCCUAUCUUUGUUAAAGAGAGCAUUCUUAGAUGGUAGUCAGCCUCGUGUAGUAAAGAAAAGGACACCUCGCAUCCCUGUUUCAUAUUCAUGUAAGAAAAAUGCUAGAGUCAAUUAUACUGUGCUGAUAAAAGAGCGGGAGUCGGAAGUUGAUGGUAAUGAUGAUGAAGUCACACACGUGGCAGCAUUGGCAUUAACUGAGGUAUCACAUAAGGCAGGAUCUCUGCAAGUUUCUCUGACACCAUACAAAAGAACAGAGCAUGUAUUAUCCUCACCAGCUCAGAGCUGGGAAAAAACGUUUCCACAACCGGAGACAGCCCAUGCCAAGCUUUGUGAUGCUUCCCUGUCUGAAGACAGAUCUCAAGGUCGAACAGGAAGCAGGAAACCUGAAAAUGGUUUUUCUGCCAGGGAUAGAAGUUCAAUGCCUAUGGAAGGUGUCAGAACAGUUGAAGUUCACAGAAAGGGAAGAAAGAUAUACAGAAAGAAAAUGAAAGUUGAAGAGGUAAGAAACAGUCUGUCUGAUGAUGGGGCUGAAGCAUGUAGUGGUACUGAAGAAGGUAUGAGUGCUCUAAAGGGUACAGCCAACGCCGAGGAUUUAAAUGCAAAACAAGGGCAGUUUCCUUCGAGGGUUCAGAGGAAUAAAAAACAGAAACUUUUCUUUGGAGAUGAAAACUCCUCCUUGGAUGCACUGCAAACAUUGGCUGAUUUAUCCUUAAUGUUCCCAGAUUCUACAAUGGAAUCUGAAUCAUCUGCACGGUUGAAGGAAGAAAGAACUGUAACUGAUAUGGAUGACAAGUCUAGUACACCUGAAGUUACAUCUACCAGUCAUCCUAAUAAACUUCCCAGGCCCAAAGAGAAGAAGGCACUGAGAACUAUUACUGAAGUUGAAGGUGUAGUCCGGAGGAAGUCUAAACUGGGAAGAUACACUGAUAUUGAUGUUGAAAUUGUCACAGAUGCGAAAGAACAGCCUGAGCCUCUAAGUAAUUUGAUGAAGAAAAGACGCAAACCUAUUCUCACAAAAAAAUUAUCAAAUGCUGAAGCUCUUGCCAAUUCUCAUUUGAGUAGAAAUAUUGAAAGUGAGACCUCACCUGGAGGGGGGAGUAAAAUUUCUUUUAAAGGUACAUGCACCAACCAAGUUUCUGCUCAGUCAAAACAAUGGAAACCAGGUAGGGUGUUGGAAGGUUCUGCUCUUAAUAGUGAUCAGAAAAGAGCAAGGAUUGAUUUAGUGGCAUCAACUGCACAACUUCCUGCUGCAAGCCAAGGUAGCAAGCGAAGUAGACAAAAGAUGCAUUUACGGACGAAAUUUAGUUCAAAAGAGCUGGAGCCUUCUGAGAGCAUAUUAAAAAGUCAGCCAAAUAAAUGCUUAAUCUCACAACAGGACAAAGUUGUAUCUCAAAAGGAAGACUUUUCUUGUUGCUUGACAUCUGAAUUGGCGCGUAGAUGGUGCACUUUUGAAUGGUUUUACAGUGCAAUUGAUUAUCCUUGGUUUGCUAAUAGGGAGUUUGUGGAGUAUUUGAAUCAUGUUGGACUAGGGCACAUUCCAAGGCUUACUCGUGUGGAAUUGGGUGUCAUAAGAAGUUCCCUUGGCAAACCAAGGAGGUUUUCUGAACGUUUUCUGCAUGAUGAAAGAGAGAAACUCAAACAUUAUCGGGAAUCAGUGAGAAAGCAUUAUGCUGAACUUCGGAUUGGUAUUAAGGAAGGACUUCCAAGAGACUUACCGCACCCUUUAUCAGUCGGACAGAGAGUGAUUGCUAUUCAUCCCAAAACAAGAGAACUGCAUGAUGGGAGUAUACUCACAGUUGAUCAUGACAAGUGCAGGGUUCAGUUUGAUCGUCCUGAGAUAGGAGUUGAAUACGUCAUGGAUAUUGAUUGCAUGCCUUCAAAUACAUUUGACAAUGUGCCAGAAGCUCUGAGGAGACAGAUUGUUGCUGCUCAUAAGCUCUCUGCAAUAUCUAAAGAGCUUCAAGGGAAUGGACAUACUAAUUUUGUUCAGCCCAUAAUAUAUGCUUCAGAUGGGCAUAUGAAGAAAGCACCCAUUGCCAUGGACACUUUAGUAAAGCAGACAAAGGGGGAUACAAACUGUGCCAUUCUGCAGGCAAAAUCAGUGUCUGUGGACAUUGCUAGUGCACUGCAAGCCAAUGAUCAACCUUCUACAGUAGCACAGAUCCAAGAAAGGGAAGUUGAUAUACAAGCUGUUUCUGAGCUGUACCAUUCUCUUACUAAGAAGGAAGCAUUGUUAAUGGAACUUAAGAACACUAACAAUGACAUAGUGGAAAGCCAUAAUGGUGGAGAUGGCUCUGUAAAAGAUUCUGAAUAUCUCAGGAAAGAUAUUGCCAUGGCUUCUUCUGCUUUACUUCAUUUGAGACAACGGAAUACAUACCCUGAAAACUUCCUACCGCCAUGGCUGAAGCUCCCAGCCUACUCUAGUUUCUUAGGUAGCCUGACAAAUUCUUGCAAUAAUUCAUAUGCCUCACAAGAAUCUGGACAUGCUAUCAUCGAAAUUGUAAGAGGAUCAAGACUAAAAGCACAUACAAUGGUAGAUACUGCUAUUAAGGCAAUGUCAACAAUGAAGGAAGGGGAAGAUGCUUAUAUUAGGAUUGGAGAAGCUUUAGACCAUAUAGAUAAACAGCAUUUAACAUCUGACUCCAGGGUACCAUUGAUCAGGUCUCCAGAGCAGGUCAAUGGCAGUUUGAGUCAUCACAAUCAGUUUGUUUCCAGCACAGAAGAGUCCCUGCUUAAUAGCUAUGCAUCUGGUCCCAAACUUCAGGACGGUUUUGACAAAAAUGAGACACAAAUCCCCUCAGAGCUUAUCACUGCAUGCGUCGCUACAAUGCUCAUGAUACAGACAUGUACUGAACGGCAGUAUCCUCCAGCUGAUGUGGCUCAGAUAAUUGAUUCUGCUGUUUCAAGUUUGCAUCCAUGCUGCCCUGAGAACCUACCCAUUUACAGAGAGAUAGAAAUGUGCAUCGGACGGAUUAAGACUCAAAUGCUGGCUUUGAUACCAAUUUGAAUCUUCCUAGUUGGUGCAUCUAGCAUGUAAAUAUGUUGGUUGAAUCUUGGUAGCUUAGCCAUUAAUUUUUGUUUCAACUGAUUCAAUUGGCUAUUGCUAGUAUCACCAAUUACUAACAUGCCUCAAGAGUAUGACUUGGCUUCAUUGACUUGAAUAUAAUUUGGAUUAUCUGUCAGGAACAGCACAUUAAUGUGUAAUAUUCAAACUACCAUUUGCAUAAAUAUUAUAAACCUUUGUGUUCACGAAAA